AUAAUGUCAUUUGUACAGGGUCUUGGUAGCCAUGUUGAAAUAAAUCGCCGAACAUGUGACGAUUUAGUAGAGAUCGUAGCACCUUUCAAACCAAACUUCUGCCGAUAAGUGAAUCCUUGAAGACUCUGUAAAAUGAGAUGCCCUUGGGUAUGCUCUGGCUUUGCUUUCACGUGUUACAAGCAAGCUUUGAUAGCUCUAAAUAUCGUAUAUUUGGUUGUUGGUCUUGUCCUCAUCAUUAUCCCGCUGUACUCUGAAGUCAGUUCCGUCUUUACAAGUUGGCCUAUUAUUGGUGGCACAGUAGCGUGUGGAGUGUUUAUCAUAGCUGUUGCAUUAGCUGGUCUUUAUGGUUCUUGUAAACACCACCAGAUCAUUCUUUUCUUUUACAUGGCUAUCCUGGUCCUCAUCUUCAUAAUCUUAUUCUCAAUAUCAGUAGCUGCACUUUCUAUGAGCUCCUCUCAGGAAAAGCUACUUCUGGAAAAGGGUUGGGCUCAUCUCAGUCCAAAAAGUAGAACAGAGGUGCAAAAAAUAAGCAACUGCUGUGGACUAGAAAACAUGAACAUUACCGAUCCCUCUUCACCAGGUGGACAUCCGACUUGUGCUGAGCUUGAUUGUUGCAGUCAAACCAAAACAUACAGUUGCCCAAAGAGCUGCCAAACUUGCUUUAGUGUCCUUAAAACACAGGGUCUGGAAGAUCUGAAGAAAGAAGUUGGAGGAGUUGGACUAUUCUUCAGUUUUACACUGUUUAUUGGGGUUUAUGCUGGAUUUCGAUUCAGACAUCUCAAGGACCCUCGAGCAAAUCCAAGCGCCUUCUUGUGAAGCUCUCUCAGUGGCUUGUCAAUAAACUGUCACAAACGACACCUGAAGUAUUAAGGCUGUAACUAAAUUAACAUUUGACAAUUAUGCAAAAUACAGUAUUAUAUAAGGUAGGUUAUAGUCCAUUAUUUAGAAUGAACAAAGUUGAUCUUACUUCUAGUUGAGGGCUUAAGGUUUUCCCAAAAAUAUUUGUAAAAUAAAUAAGAAGGUGAAUCGUUACAAGCUUAUUUGCAUCAGAAUAGUGGCGCGAGAUGCAAUCUAUUCUAGAUUAUGCACGUUUUUGUCUGUUGUAAUGUUUUUGCGUCUCCCGCCACUAUUCUGAUGUAAAUAAGUUUGUAACAAUUCACCUUCUUCAGUCUGCCCUGAAGAAGUCUUAUUAAAGACUUUCGUCUUUAAGGCAGAGUCAAAUUCCAGUUUUUGGUGUAUUGUAUUCAUUCUUCUGGUUCAUGAACACAACUAUUUGGAUGCUUUGUAUUUGUGCUAUGAAAGUAUAAUAUGCCUAAGGUAUCAGAAACAACACACCCUAAUAUAACAAAUAGACUCAAAGCCCCUCUCAUCCACCUCCUUUUAUCAAACUCAUGAUCUGAUUUUUUUUCAUCUGUGUCACAGUUAGUGAUGAUUGUUAGUGAUGAUGGUUGGUGACAUGAUUCUUAUCCAUGCAUGUAAUCCUGUGCACCUGGAAUUUGUUUAUUUGAUUUUGUAUUUUACAGCUGUAAUUAUUAAAAAAUGGUUAUUGUUGUGAUUUUUGAAGUACCAAAAAAUAUAUUGCCAAUAAAGGUACAAAAGCACACA